UAUGUCGUCACGGAUCUCUCGCUUAUAUACUAGAGAACCUCUAAACCCUUCACUUUUCUAGCUUGUUCUCAGUCUCUCUCGAUCAACUUUCUUCACUUCUCUCCUCUAAUCGUUAUAUCUCCAUGGCUUCUUCUGGCAAGAAGAUCAAGAUCGGAAUCAACGGGUUUGGAAGGAUCGGGCGUUUGGUUGCGAGAGUCGCUCUCCAGCGAAACGAUGUGGAGCUGGUUGCUGUGAACGAUCCGUUCAUUUCUAUUGAUUACAUGACCUACAUGUUUAAGUAUGAUAGUGUCCAUGGUGCGUGGAAGCAUCACGAACUGAAGGUGAAGGAUUCUAAGACCCUUCUCUUUGGUGAGAAAGAGGUAUCUGUUUUUGGCUGCAGGAACCCUGAGGAGAUCCCUUGGGCUGAGACUGGAGCCGAGUACAUUGUCGAGUCCACUGGUGUCUUUACCGACAAGGAUAAGGCUGCAGCUCACCUUAAGGGUGGUGCCAAGAAAGUUAUCAUCUCUGCACCAAGCAAGGAUGCCCCAAUGUUCGUUGUUGGUGUAAAUGAGAAGUCAUACAAGCCUGACAUUGAUAUUGUUUCUAAUGCUAGCUGCACCACGAACUGCUUGGCUCCCCUUGCUAAGGUUAUCAAUGACAGAUUUGGCAUCCUUGAGGGACUGAUGACCACUGUUCAUUCAAUCACUGCCACUCAGAAAACUGUUGAUGGUCCCUCUGCCAAGGACUGGAGGGGUGGAAGAGCUGCCAGCUUCAACAUCAUUCCUAGCAGCACUGGAGCUGCUAAGGCUGUCGGCAAGGUGCUCCCUGCUUUGAAUGGAAAGCUGACUGGUAUGGCUUUCCGUGUACCCACUGUGGACGUGUCAGUUGUUGAUCUCACUGUCAGGUUAGAGAAGGCUGCCACCUAUGAUCAGAUCAAGGCUGCUAUCAAGGAAGAGUCGGAAACCAAUCUCAAGGGAAUCUUAGGUUACGUUGAAGAAGACUUGGUGUCUACAGACUUUAUCGGCGACAGCAGGUCAAGCAUCUUUGAUGCCAAGGCUGGAAUUGCCUUGAACGAUAACUUUGUGAAGCUUGUCGCUUGGUAUGAUAACGAGUGGGGAUACAGCACAAGGGUUGUUGAUUUAAUCACCUACAUGGCCAGCGUUCAGUAACGCGGCCCUUUUCCUUACCUCGGCAACCGUAAUGAGUGUGUUUGAAGUUUUGAGAA